AUGGUCCUCACACACACCACUUUCCAUACUUACUCGCAUCCCCUCCCGACUGUGACCCUUGCCUUUUUCCUCCGGUACUGCUCGCCGCAGCUCAACCCAUUCGCCAACCAUGUCCUGAGCACCGACACCAUCGACUCGCGUGUCGACCCCGCCACAGGCCGCCUCCACACGACUCGCAUCCACCUCAAGAAGUCACGCCUAUCACCGAGCAUCAUGAAACUGCUGCCGUCCACUUUGACCGGUGGAACUUCAGACAAGGCGUCGUACAUUCUCGAGACCAGCGUUGUCGACAUGCGCGAGGGAUGGAUGUCGACGGAGAGCCGAAACCUUAACUUUGUUGGCGUGCUCUCCGUCGUGGAGAAGCAGCUAUACACUAUUCCGCCGGCGGCGCCGGGUGCGCCGGCUACGGCAGCGGCGGAGAACACGGACGUGGAGACGAAAGUGGUGUUCCGCUCGCGGCUAGGCGACCGCAUUCGCGACCGGCUGGGCCAGGCGCAGGCGCCCGCGCAGGUCGAGGCGGCGUCGAACAACGAAGGGGGUAACGGCUUCUUCGCGCGGUUGGGAGCCCGGGGCAUCCAACGCAGCAUUGAGACGCUGGCGUCGACCAAGACGCAGGACCAGCUCGGCAAGAGCCGCGAGGGCAUGAGAAUGAUCCUUGAGAGGCUGCGGCAGACGGGUAUCAUUGGCGUGCUGGAGCAGCGCAAGAUGAACCAGAGUGGCAUGCCGGCUCAUUGA